AUGAGAGCUAUACUUAUUGAUUGGAUGAUGGAAGUUUCUAUGGAAUUUAUGUUAAAAAGAGAUACUUUUUAUAAUGCUUAGAGUAUUAUAGAUAGAUAUUUAUAAGAAACUUAUAAUGUUAAAAAAACUGAUCUCUAAUUAAUUGGUGUUACUGCACUUUAUAUUGCUUCAAAAAUCGAAGAAAUCGAUUCACCUAAUAUUUAAGAUUUUGUACGUUCGACUGAUAAUGGAUAUACAGAUAUUUAAGUAAAAUAAACUGAAAUAACGAUAGUUGAAAAACUUAAUUUUAGAUUAAAUCCUCCUACUUAUAGUAUGUGGUGCAAUUGGUUUAUGUGCUAAUGGGAUAUUUUUGUUGAAAAUUCAUCUUUUGCUUAAAAUUCUUAGUUGGUAUAUGAAUACUUUAAAAUUAAUAAUUGCCUCAAUUAAUUUAAAUAACCAAAUGAAUAAUCUUAUUCUUUAUAUAGAGAAUUCAUGUAAAUUAUAGAUUGCUCUAUUAUGAAUAUAAAAACAAUUGGGUUUGAAAAAAAAAUAAUUAUUGCGAGUUUAAUGUAUUUGGUUUUGGGAAAAUCUUUUAAGGUUUUUAAUACUAAUGAUAUUGUGAAUAUAUUUUAAGAUAGUUAUAGUUUCCUUUUAGACCCCAGCUGCAUAUUUAAUGAAUUAUUUUAAGCUUUUUUAAAUGAAAGUUUUGGACUUUAGUUACUUGAUUUACUUCAUACUAUUUAGUAUUUAUGUUAAUAUUUUACAAUUAGUUUUAAUUUCGAUUUACCUAGAGCUGCUAAAAUAAAUUAAGAAAGUUUGCUAUAGGUAUAUUAUAUAUUUUUAAUAUUUUUUUAUUUGAUAAUUUUUAUUUUUUUAGUAAUUUAUUAUUAAUAUUUUAUUUUGUUUUUAGGGACAUUUUGA